AUGUCUUGUAAUCAAGAUAAUGAAUGGGAAUAUGUACCUGUAGAAACAGCAGAUGAGAUUAUGUUGUGUGGAGAUGUAGUUGAGAGUAAAAGUCUAAAAAACUGGAAUAGAUGGCUUAAAAUAAGAAAACAACAACAUAAAUACCUUGGUUUAAUGGUAUGUCGUAGUUCUACAUCGUUGUUAAUGAAUAGAUCUGAUACAUUCAGAUCAAAAGUUGAAUGUAAAUGGCUGGUUGAUGUAGCCCAUAAGUUAAAAGCCAAUAAUGAAUAUUGUGCUGAUUUUCCUUAUUCUAUAAAUAGAGAAAUAGAAAAUUUUACUUGUAUAUAUACACCAGAUGUAAUACGUACUGAAAAAGGAUUAUUGGGCAUUAGAAAAGAUGCUCGCAUUGAUUUGCAAACACCUAAUAAAGUGUUGCUUAAUAAUGAAUUAAAUAUUUUAAAAAGUUUAGUACCUUUUAAAAGUUCUGAAAAAUUAGCUAUUAUUGGGAAAAACAUUCUUAAAAAAACUAUAAAUCACAAAUUUGAUUAUAAAGGUACUAUCCCAUCUAUUUAUUUUGAGUCUGCUCAUAUGAAAAAUAAUUGUAAUAUUGCACUAAUUUAUGUUAGGGUAAAUGAUUUUAUAAUAAAAUCAAUUAAAGACAGUUAUUUAUGUAUGACAACUGAAUUAAAAACAAAAUCAAAACCAGUUAAUACCGUAAAAAUAAAUGAAGAUUCUUGGGAUGAGAUAAUAAUAGAAAAUUGUGGACAAAUAAGUGUCUACUAUAAAUGGAUAAAAGAAGAAUAUACCGCUACAAAAUAUGAUAGUAUCUUAAAAGAAAAACCAAAAAAAAGUUUUUUUUUUGACACCAGGACCAAUAUUUUGGGUCCUGGUCAAAUUAAACGCUUAACAGUUUUAUUCAGACCUACACAAACUGGGCCUCACAGAGAAAUGUGGUUUUUACAAUUAAAUGUUUUGGAAAAAUUAGAUCAUAUAGCUAGGAUCAAUGUACCUCUACAAGGAUGUGCUAUUUCCAAUGUUGACAACAUGUUAUCUAUAAUAAAACUGCAAAAUACUACAUUAUCUGAAAAAUUUAAUGGAUUAUGUACUAAGUCAACCAACAAAAAUCAUCAAAAUGCAUUUUUGGAAGAUAAGUCUACUUUUAUUGAAAAAUAUCAUUAUCACGACGAAAAGAUGAAAUAUCUUUACCACAUAUUACAAACAGAGAAUUCUAAAAGUAUUGAAGAACUUCUAAACCAAUGUAUGCAACUAAAGCAAUCACUUAAAGAAAAAUACUUAGAUAUAAUUAGUCAAACAGCUGUCAUAUUAUUAAAAAAAGAAAUUAUUUUUGAACAUAAUCAGAUGAAUCAGCAUGAAUUAAACGCACAUAAAAUUAUGUAUAUAACAAUGAAUUGUAUUGAUUUGAUAAUGAAUACUUACGAAUUUGAUCAUAAUGAAGUUUGUCAAGAACUGUACAAAAACUCUGGUGAAAAUCAACUGAAAUUAAUAAAUAAUUCAGAUAAUGAAAUAUCCGAAGUUGAUAUCACUACGAAACAAAAUACUGAUUACACUACAGUAAGCAAAGAAUGGUUUGAAAUGAUCAAACCUAUGAUCAAGAAACGAUUAGAAUGGGCUGUAGAAAGAAUAUCAGAUUAUAAUAUCUUGUGGACAGAAUGUAAACAUGAAAAUGCUAAUGAGACUAUAAAGGAUGAACAUAAAACAAGGAUACUAGGAGUAGAUUCUUAUGAGCAUAAAGAAUGUAGUCUUUCACUUGUUUUCACGAUACUAUGGUGA